AUGGCGAUGUGCAACAUCCCGUCCACGAACACCGACCCUCAGUACCGCUACAAGAUGCCGCGGCUGAUGGCAAAGGUCGAGGGUCGUGGAAAUGGUAUCAAGACCUGCAUCGUGAACAUGGGAGAGGUUGCCCGCGCUAUCAAGCGACCGCCGCAGUACGUCACGAAGUUCUUUGGUAACGACUUGGGUGCCCAGUCGACCUACACGAACAAGGAGGGAGAGGGUGAGCGCUCCAUUGUCCGUGGAGCCCAUCAAGUGGAGGACUUGCGGACUUCCCUGGACAAGUUCAUCGAGAAGUACGUUUGCUGUGAGAACUGCCACCUGCCCGAGAUCGACAUGUUCAUCAAGAAGGGCAUCAUCCAGGGCCGAUGCAAUGCCUGCGGUUGGCAGGGUGAACUUGACAACGUUGACAAGCUCGCGGCCUUCAUCCUCAAGAAUCCGCCUGACGAGUCCGGAAUGGCCCUCGGCACUGUAGAUCAGGGAGGCAAGCGCAGCAAGAAGCCCAAGGGAAGCAAGGAGGAUAAGAACGCUGACGAUGACGACGAGGAUGACGAUGACCACUCCGGCAGCGGCAAGGAGAAGAAAGAGAAGAAGGACAAAAAGGAGAAGAAGGAGAAGAAGGAGAAAAAGAAGAAGGAAGCCGAUGACAGCGAUGAAGAUGAGGAGAAGGAAAAGAAGGAAAAGAAGGAGAAAAAGGAGAAAAAGGAAAAGAAGGAGAAGAAAGAGAAGGACAAAGACAAGGAGAAGAAGGAGAAGAAGGACAAAAAGGAGAAGAAAGAGAAAAAGGACAAGAAGGAGAAGAAGGACAAAGAGGAGGAGGAUGAGGAUUCAGACAAGGACGUCCAGAAUCUCGCGUACGACGACGACCAGACCAAGUCUGUCAUCGUGGUCUUGAAGGAGUUCGUUGACAGCAAAGGAGGCAAACCCAGCAAGGGCGACUUCUUCGAGGAGCUGCGCAUGCAGCAGUUGGCGAAGGUCUUUGACAACAAGGUUCGCUUGUACGUCGCCUUUGAGGUACUGUGUGGCAACUCCAUGGAUGCCAAGGCGCUCAGUGGAGUCAGCUCGUUGAUUGACAAAGUCAUCAGCAGCCCGAAAUUGCCGACGGACGAGGUGCUCUGGGCUCUUGACGCCUACCUGCAGGCGAACCCAGGAGUUUCGAAGGGAUUCGCCAUGAUGCUAAAGACGGCCUAUGAUGAGGACUGGGCGGAAGAGAAGGACAUCCUCUCGUAUUACAAGGACGAUGAGGGCGUUGGGGAGCCAGGUUUUGAUGAGGCCAAGAAGUUGGCAGCACCAUUCCUGACGUGGCUGGAGAAGGCCGAGUCCGACGAUGAUGACGACGACGACGAUGACGAUGACGAGGACGACUAG